AGGACAAAGAAACGCUCGAGCACGGGCCAAACGAACGCGGCGAGGAGUAACGACGGGAGGUCGUCAUCAAGAAGUGACACGAGGGAUGUCAAGGACGCUCCUCCUGCUGCUUCCUCGAGGUCCUUCGCGCAGCCUCGUUCCGUCCCCCGCGACUCCCUCAGAAGACGACAAGAAUUCAGCUUCGAUACUCCCAAGAGCAUUAAGCUGCAAAUGCCUGCACCAGACUUCGAGAUGAACGACAAGGUCAUCGAGUCCAACCUCAUCGCGUUGAAACGGACAAGACACAAGCUGAAUGUUCACCGAGGAGGCGCAAAGCGAUUCUUUCAGAUGUGGGGAACUAACAAGAAUGGACGGCUGUCGAGGGCUGAGAUGUUCGAGGGGUGAGAAGGGGGGCGGGCGCGGUGAUCGUGUGUGAACAAGGUGCGUUCAGGUUCAAGAGCUUGAACUUGGGAUUCAGUGAUGCUCAAGCCGACUUCCUCGUCAGAGCCUUCGACAAAGACGCAUCCGACUCAGUUGAAUAUCAUGAGUUCUGCGAAGUAGGCGGAGGUCUGCAUGGGUCUUGGCAUCUGACAAGUUUGUUCCCAGAUGAUGGAAUUUCCUGACGACCAGCUGAACAGUGAGGUCAUGUCCAACAGCCUUCUCAAUCCAGAGAAAGCUGUCUAUCCUGACGGUUGGCAAUUUACGCCUAUAGAAAA